UUUUUGUUAUUUCGUUAAUUGUCAGUUAAUUCCAGAUACAUUUGAUAGAUAAAUCCUGGAGCUCAAUGAACAAAGAUUUAUAUGUUGUUGAGGAAGAACAUAGUGGUGGUUCCGAUAGUCGAGAAGGAUGUAAGCUCAGUUUUCAUACUGGGUCUUAUCCAACACAAAUGUUUAUUGAACUGCAAGAAUUGGUACCAAGAGUCGAUGGUGGAUUACAAUUUGAUGAGUCAAUUUUUAAAAUGCCAGUUGCAGCUCAUUUUCGUGUACUCUGGUUGGAAACAGCAAGAUGGGUGAAUUUUGAAGAGAAUUUCAAUGAAGUUGAACAACGUUUCACUGAAGCUCAUGUACCACCAAUGAAAUUCUCAUCGAUAAGUAGUUUCAAGGAUAAAUUGCAACAAAAUUUAAAAAUUCUCCAAACUGAUGCACUAACACUUGGUCAAGCUUUUGAUGAAGUAGCAAAAUAUGCUUUAGCACAAAAUUAUAUUCAAGGCAAUGAACAAUAUGAUGUACUACGUGCUAUUCUAUUUGCUGAACGUUGGCAUCCUGAUGUUAAAGGUCAUAUAUCGGAUGAAGCGGAAUUCGAUCAAUAUUGGGCAGGAAUUCUACCGGAAGGUAUCAAUCCUAAACCAGCAUUUUUACAAAGAGCAUCAGUGGCAGUCAUGGGAACUAAGAAGCAUGUUUCUAUGACAAGGGCAUCUACUUCAACGAAUGAUUUUAAACCAAAGCUAUCUCUAGGUAGUAGAGAACAAGGUGCUAGUUCAUUAUCGAAAGCGCUUAGUAUACACAAUGAAUGUCAACAUCCAUAUCAUCGAUAUAAUCAACCUUUGACGCAUUGUUUAUCAUCCGGUUCAGAAGCAUGCACUGUUAUUUGUGGUUUAAUUGAAUUUUUAAAAUCUCCACUGCUUAUAUUGUUACGAUUAAAUAAAAGUAUUCAACGUUCAUGUAUAUCAGAAGUGGAUAUUCCAGUUAGAUUUAUAUUUAUUUAUGUUGGACCACAAAAUGAUGAAUUAAAUUAUGCUGAAUUAGCGCGUAUAUUUGCAGUCAUGAUGACGAAUGAUACAUUUCGGUUAUGCGUUUAUGAUUCCAUAUCUGUUGAUGAUGUUGUCAAAGGUAUUGAUAAUUUUAUGCAAGAUUCAUUUGUGAUGCCACUUUCACGACAUUAUAAUGCUAAUGCACUAGCUGGAAUGACACGUCAAAUUGAAGCUUAUAGAAAAGAAACGGUCUGUGAAAGAGAAGGAGUUGAUCGUCGACCAAAAAAUUCAGUCACUGUGAGGAAAUCGAUUGAACAGUCACAAAACAAUUUAGUUAAUGGUUCUUAUCUACCAUCCUCAUUGAAUUUAAAACAACAAUCCGAUGUUACUAAACCAGAUAUUGACAGUAAACUUCCUUUACCUGCAAAUGAAAUUGAUACACCGAAAAUAUCAAAACGUAAAAUAUUUAUGCGUGAUUUUUGUCCACCAUUUAUUGAAUUAUCACGUGGUAUCCGGCCAUGGAUAAAACGUAUGCCAGGUGAUUAUAAAGAUGCAAUACGUAAAGAGAAUUUCAGUAUUGUAUUUGGCAGUGUUUUGUUUAUUUAUUUUGUCAAUCUAUCACCAUCAAUUACAUUUGCUGCAUUGUUAAAUACUCAAGUUGAUCCUUCCUACACAGUGACAUUAACUCUUUUAGCAGUCGGAGUAUUUUUGAUUAUUUUCACAAUUUUAUCUGGUCAACCACUUGCAAUCAUUGGUAUUUCUGCUCCAAUGUAUAUUGUUGAAUCAUCGCUAGUCUCAGUUUCAAGGCGUACCGGAGUGGAUUUUAAACAAAUUCGAUUUUGGAGUGCUUUUUAUUGUUCUAUAUUUGGUUUUAUAUUUGUUGGUUGUAAUAUAUCUGGCAUAGCUAAACAUAUAAGACGAUCCGUUGAAGAAUGUUACAAUUCAUUUAUUGGAUUUUUCUUUUUACUUAAAGCAUUAUUUACAAUGUUUUUAUUGAUUCCCUCUAAACCUGUGGAUAAUACUCCAAUGGCUAGAAUGACAUAUUAUCAAAAAUUAGCAGUAGCUGGAGUUACACUAUUUUUAGCAUUUAUAAUGCUCCAGUUCUGUUUAAUACUUGCCCAGUUAAAACGUGGAAAUUAUUUCAGAAGAAAUAUUAGAAAACUUUUAGGCGCUUUAAAUGUUCCACUCGGUAUGCUUUUGAUAACUGGAUUAGAAAGAAUAUUUUUUCGUGGUUAUAAUUUACCAACUGUAAAUAUACCACCAUCAAAUCAAGUGAAUAUAUCAGUAUGGAUUAAUCCACCGGAUUUUUCACGUUUACAAGAUUAUAGUAAAGCUACACCGACAAUGAUUCAUGGUAUCUCAGUUGCAAUUGGAGUAGCAUUAGCCAUUAUUAUAUUUACUGAAGCAGCUUUAAAUGGUUUAACGGCAAUGAAAAAUAAAGCUGUGAAACCGAAUAUUUUUGUUAUGGAUUUAGUAUUGUUACAAGUUAUAUUCCCGAUUAUCAGUGGUAUAACUGGAUGGCCAUUUAUGUCGGGUACAACAGUGAGAACUCUUAGCAAUCUUGUGGCAUUAGUUAAAAUGGAUCAAAGUCCUGCACCGGGUAUGCCUCAUAAAAUUGUAGGAACAGUAGAACAGCGAGUUAGUGGUGUAUUUGUCGGUAUACUAGUUGCACUUUCAAUAUUUCUCGGUUCAAUAUUAAGCAAUAUUCCAUUGGCUGCAUUGUAUGGCAUGUUUCUCUACAUGGGUGUAAUGGGACUGCGUGAUUUAACAUUCGUACUAAGAAUAUGCUCACUGAUGAAACGUCGUAAACACUGGGAAGAUUGGGAAUGUGUUCGUGGCCUGCCGAGUAAACAUAUCCUUGUAUUCUCGUUGAUUCAAGCCGCUGUUGUCUUGAUUCUAGUUUCAUUGAAUAUCAUAUCAGAUUUCACGGAAGCCAAUUAUGUUGGUCUUAUUUUCCCUAUUGUUAUACUCAUCUAUAGCCUUAUUCGUGAAUUUGCUUUGCCAAAAUGGGAAUGGUUAGCGUUAUAUUUACAUCAAGUAUGCCUUUAUAUAUAUAUAUGUCUUCGUAUAUAA